AACCCAGAGAAUAUAAAAUUAGUGGUUGUUGGCUCAGCACAACUUAUUAAGAGGCUACCUCAUAUCUCCUUAUCCCUGUUGGGCAAAACUAUUUUACCAGUGUCAGUUGCUAUACAUUGAUCAAUAUCUACCUACCUAACCAGUUGGUACAGAUGGGUAGAAUUAAACAUCUUUUGGAUAGGAAAACCCUUUUAUUACUUAUAAAUAGCUUUGUUUUCAGUAAACGUUUUUACUGUUCCUCCUUAUGGGGGAACACAUCUAAACGUAACCUACACAAACUGCAGUUGGUACAAAAUUUUGCUGCCAGAGUUGUAUUAGGUUUAAGGAAGUUUGACCAUAUCUCCCAGGGACGGAGAUGUCUUAGAUGGUUAGAUGUUACGGAGAAAGUUCUAUUUAAUGACUUAGUUUUAGUAUUCAAAUGUGUAAAUGGCUUAGCUCCAGAUUAUUUCACUUAUGUCCAGAAAUGCAUGCAUUGGCGAAACUGGCGAAAAAUCACCAGCCUCUGGCGAUUUGAAUUGGAUGCCAAAAGUGGCCCCUUGGAGGCUGGCGAUUUUGGCGAAAUUGGCGAUUUUGGCAAAAAUCGCCAGAGGGCUGGCGAUAUGUGGCAAAAUAUUCAAAUUGGAUGCCAAAAGUGGCCCCUUCAAAGUAGAUAACUAAAGAGGUCCUUAUAACUGUGAGGCAACAGUACUAAAAAGAAGUUCAAAUUACUUGCCUAAUAAGAGGCCCCAAUAACUGUGAGGCAACAUUUAUCAAAUACUACUGAAUCAAAUAUAUGACAAAACAGCUUUAACUGUCAAACAACAUUAUUUUAUCAAAUACAACUGAAUCAAAUAUAUCUGAAAACAAAAAGUGGAAGUCGUUUCAGUUAAGCUAAUAUGUAUUUGUGCCAUGUACUUCACAGGUUAAGUAAACAUUUCCUUACUUUCGAUGUCGCUUGACUUACCAAAAGUGAUGUGAUGCGCUAAAAUAUCACACUAGCAUCAUUUGCUUUUGUAUGGUUCAUUCCUUUCAAAGACUUACAAGUCCACUAAUUACUCGAGGAGAGAACUACCAAGUCCUUGAAAUCAUAAUUCCUUGCCAUGGACACUCUAACUUUUGAGGUUCGAUGUAGACCUUAACAAUCCUCGCUGGUUACAAUUCUCUUCACAUUGGUUCCAUUAAAUUGUGAGGCAGCCUUAAAUCAAAAGCGAUUGCGAAACGCAUGGUUCCUGGCUAAAAGAUGCUUUCACGAUAACCAGUGUGUGCCCUUCAUUCUUUUUUGGUUCUCCACUAUACACAUUAUCUUCUUCCGUCGUUUUAAACUCUUCACUUUCUUCUUGCACUUACUUGUUUUGCUCUUUAGAGAAACAGUCCCCUAAAAGUAACGAAAGCCGAAAUGUCCAGCAGCUUGCAUGCGCCAUUUUGAAAUGUGUGAAUUCGCUUAUUUCUAGUUUAUGUAAACUUGCAUGAAAUGUCACUUGUGCCCAAUACUUCACCGCAUUUAUUGAACAUAAACAUUGGAUCAAAGUAAUAACAAAUUGUCUCUUUCAUAAAACAUAUCCCAUUCAAACUAAUUCUGUAUCCUUUCAUCAACUAGAUAUAUAAAAAGAGAGUAUACAUGUUUGUCUCGUUCUUAAAAAAUGUGUCCCAUUAUUGCUUUAUGAGGUGGGCCAGAAAUUUAGAAAAUGUAUUGUUUUUUUGCGCUGAGACCACCAAACCAAUUCUCAGUACAAUAUGUGUUCCAUUAAAUUGCUAAUGCUAAUGCUCGUCGAAACACGUCACCCGGCCUUUUUACCUUCCAUUUUAACAAUUGCCUGAGAGUCCCUGUGAACAACAUUAAUCGUUUCACUUACAUAGAGUGACCACCAAAGUCGGCUGGGAAUGACACUAAUCGUUUCUACUUACAUAGAGUAGUUAUCCAAAAUCAACUAUUUCAACAUGGCCGCCGCGUCUAUAUAACAACUACUAAACCUUACACGUUCACGUUCUGUGAAACUGCAAUGAACCAGCUCGUUUAUACAUACUUGUACCAUUGAACGCCAUUAUAACAAACAGGAUGGAUAUACAAGGCAAUACGGACCAUCUAAUUAUCUGAAUGCGUAGCCAAGAACCAACCUGGAUUCCUCAUAACAUGUAAUGUUGAACUGUCGCUAUUCAAACAAUGCCUACAAGCCUGGAAAAUUAAGGAUACCUAUCUUGGAUUUUUUGGUAAGAAAGUUGCCAUGAACAUUACGAAGAUUACCAUUUACUGAUAAUUGAAUACAACUCGUUGGCCAUUCGAUUUGAAUUGAGCAAGAAAUUAGUUACAAGUGGUAAUUCCCGACCAAACACUCUUGUCUGGGACGAAUUUCAAAUCACAAGAGGUUAUCAAUUAAAGGUAAAAGCAUUAAAAACAGAUUAAUGACACUUAAGUUACAGUAGCGUUGUCAUUAUUAGUAUACAAUUAUACUAUUGGAAACAUAUUUAUAUUAAUAUGUGGUUAACUAUUUGGCAAUUAAUAGCCAUUUCAAAAGGGACCCUUUGCUAUGUCAUUUCAGUUUGUCUUGACAAAUUAGGUAUUUCAUCGAGUAAUUGCCAUUUCUGCCAAAACACGUUUUAAGAACGAGGCCAACAUGUAGAAAGAAUUAGUGCACGCCAUUUUCGCCAAAAUCGUCACUUUCCAAAGGGCCCCUUUGCCAUCUCAUGUGCAUUUUUGUUGAUAAUUUAGUGAUUUCGGCGAUUAAUUGCCAUUUCUGCCAUUUUCGCCAGAUACACCAUUUUCACCAAAAUCGUCACUUUCCAAAGGGCCCCUUUGCCAUCUCAUUUGAAUUUUUGUUUAUAGUUUGGCGAUUUUGGCGAUUAAUUGCCAUUUCUGCCAUUUUCGCCAAAUAGGCCAUUUUCGCGGAAAUCGCCACUUUGCAAAGGGCCCCUUUGCCAUCUCAUUUGAAUUUUUGUUUGGCGAUUUUGGCGAUUAAGCGCCAUUUCUGCCAUUUUCGCCAAAUACGCCAUUUUCGCCGAAAUCGCCACUUUGCAAAGGGCCCCUUUGCCAUCUCAUUUGAAUUUUUGUUAACAGUUUGGCGAUUAAGCGUCAUUUCUGCCAUUUUCGCCAAAUACGCCAUUUUCGCCGAAAUCGCCACUUUCCAAAGGGCCCCUUUGCCAUCUCAUUUGAAUUUUUGUUUAUAGUUUGGCGAUUAAGCGCCAUUUCUGCCAUUUUCGCCAAAAUCGCCACUUUGCAAAGGGCCCCUUUGCCAUCUCAUUUGAACUUUUGUUUACAUUUUAGCGAUUAAGCGCCAUUUCUGCCAUUUUCGCAAAAUACGCCAUUUUCGCCGAAAUCGCCACUUUGCAAAGGGCCCCUCUGCCAUCUCAUUUGACGUUUUGUUUACAUUUUGGCGAUUAAGCACCAUUUCUGCCAUUUUCGCCAAAAUUUGCAAAGGGCCCCUUUGCCGUCUCAUUUGAAUUUUUGUUUACAGUUUGGGGAUUUUGGCGAUUAAGCGUCAUUUCUGCCAUUUUCGCUAAAUACGCCAUUUUCGCGGAAAUCGCCACUUUGCAAAGGGCCCCUUUGCCAUCUCAUUUGAAUUUUUGUUUAUAGUUUGGCGAUUUUGGCGAUUAAUUGCCAUUUCUGCCGUUUUCGCCAAAUACGCCAUUUUCGCGGAAAUCGCCACUUUCCAAAGGGCUCCUUUGCCUUCUCAUUUGAAUUUUUGUUUAUAUUUUGGCGAUUAAGCGCCAUUUCUGCCAUUUUCGCAAAAUACACCAUUUUCGCCAAAGUCGCCACUUUGCAAAGGGCCCCUUUGCCAUCUCAUUUGAGCUUUUGUUUACAUUUUGGCGAUUAAGCGCCAUUUCUGCCAUUUUCGCCAAAUACGUCAUUUUCGCCAAAAUUUGCAAAGGGCCCCUUUGCCAUCUCAUUUGAAUUUUUAUUUAUAGUUUGGCGAUUUUGGCGAUUAAUUGCCAUUUCUGCCAUUUUCGCCAAAUACGCCAUUUUCGCGGAAAUCGCCACUUUCCAAAGGGCCCCUUUGCCAUCUCAUUUGAAUUUUUGUUUAUAGUUUGGCGAUUAAGCACCAUUUCUGCCAUUUUCGCCAAAAUCGCCACUUUGCAAAGGGCCCCUUUGCCAUCUCAUUUGAAUUUUUGUUUAUAGUUUGGCGAUUAAUUGCCAUUUCUGUCAUUUUCGCCAAUGCGUGCAUUUCUGGACAUAUGUCGAUUAUUUAGGUAAAUAUUUUAUUAAACGUUCAGCAGUUCACAACAAGAACACAAGGG